AUGGCCGCGUUCAAGAACUCCAUCUCCAAGCGCUUCAAGAUGAAGGACCUGGGCAGCCCAGACAUAUGUCUCGGCAUCAAGGUGCGGCAUGACCGCAAGGCCAGGACCGUCACCAUGAGCCAGGAGCACUACCUGCGCAGCGUGCUGGAGACCUUCGGCAUGGCUGACUGCAAGCCGGUCGGCACGCCGCUCUGCACGGGCUACGUCGACAAGCCAGCCGACAAGGAGGAGCCACUGCCGGACGUGCCGUUCCGCGAGUUGCUUGGCUCCCUCCUCUAUGCUGCGACGAUGACGCGUCCAGACAUCUCGGCGGCUGUCUCCAUCCUGUCUCGCCGCAUGCAGCACUUCGGCAUGGACCACUGGAAGGCUGCCAAGCACCUCCUUCGCUACAUCAAGGGCACCUUGUCUUGCACAACCUGCACCAACAGGGAGGGAGGGAGCUUCGGCUGUUAA